AUGAAUGCGCUCAACUACCUGAUGCCCCGGUCGGGCGUCUUUUCGAAGUUAACCAAUUCUACUUGUCCCAUGCCGACAACCUUAUCAGAGGUUGAGGAACCUUUUCUGGGGAACAUGACCUUCUACCAUUUUAACAUGAUCCUCUCCGGAGUAUGCACGCUUUUAACUUGUAUUAUUAUUUUUACUCUGAAGAUGCAGCAUGCCACCCAUUUCAGUGUUCCAAAUGAGCAAGUCAAAAUUAUGCGAAUUAUCAACAUGUUGCCCGCCUACUCGGUUCUUUCGUUCAUUUGCAUCUGCUUUCCCAACUCCUACGUUUACUUCCAGGGAUGGACCGAGGUUUUCCAAGGAGUUGCUCUCUAUGCCUUCCAUAUGCUUUUGAUCGAUUUCUUGGGACCAACCGAGCGCAGGAGAGAUGAAUUCUUUGGCAAGCUUAGGGUCAAAAAGAGCUUCCGAAAGGGACAAUACAGAGAAGGUCUUUCUUGGUUGAAGCUCAGCUACUACUGCACAUUACAAUAUCCGAUCGUCAUCUUCUUUUGCGCUAUCGGUCAAUCUAUCGCCCAGGCUCUCGGCCGUUAUUGUCUUGAUUCCACCGCUCCAGCAUUUGCUCACAUUUGGCUCGAAAUCAUCCAGAACGUCUCGGUCACAAUUGCCAUUAAUGCUGUCAUUCGAUUCUAUGCCAACACGAAGAAUUACAUGAAAGAGCACAAGCCACUCAUGAAGCUGCUUUCUUUCAAGUUGAUGGUUGGUCUUAUCUUCUUGGAACAGAUUCUUUUCCUGAUUCUUCAGGGCUCAAAGGUCCUGACACCAACCAAGCAGCUCAGCUAUGCAGAUGUACACACUGGUCUACCAACAAUGAUCAUUUGUGUCCAGAUGGUUCCAUUCGCAAUCUUCAUCCACUUCGCCUUCAGCGUCAAGCCUUACCUCAUCAAGAAAACGAACGACUCUAUCGAAAUGCUUCCCGAAGCUGAUGCAAACGGUCGCCCCGUCCCCCGAUCUUACCAGGGUGGUACAUGGGGCUCUCAUGCAUGGGCCGCUUACCUCAACCCAAUCGAGUUGGCUAUGGAGGUCAGAUCUAUGUACCGCACUCUUCACCACAUCAAAGUGCGAAAGCAGGCUAAGAUCUACAAAUCUGAUCUUGAGGCUGAGAAACUCACUGGCCCUGAUAAUCUGGACGAGGAUGCUCAGGAAAGACGCCAUUCCUCCCGCGACUCCCAUGACUCCAUUGGUUAUGAGCAGACUCCACAUGAUAUGACUCACCAUGGACGCAAUGAUCCCUACCAGCAGGCUUUGGAGCAGUCUGAGCCUUUGAUGCCCCAGACGGCGUAUGCGCCUCAGACGCACCAGGUGGUUGAGCUUUAUGAUACAAACCAAAGUACUGAGUAUUCUGCUCAUCCGGUUCCAGCUCAAACUGCUCCGUCGUCUCACGAAACACAGCUUUAUGAUCCUCCUAUGAGUGAUGAGUAUCAGCAGGGUCAGUGGGGACAGGCUCAGUACAUUGUGCCUCAACAUGACCAGUCCCCGCAGCACUCACCACCCAAUGGACAAUCUGGCCACAAUGGGGAUCCAUAUCGCUGA